GAGCGUGCAAGGAUUCAACAUGGCUCUGUACAAGAGCUUGGAGAGCGAUGUGACGUCGUUCUUCGUGGCUCAGGGAUCUCUCAUCGAGUCGCUAGUGCACAGUUUGUGCUUGCGUGUGACAGCGAUCGAGACCGACGCUUCCAAGCACGUGGGGGCUAUUGGUCCGGACUUGAGUCAUGUCGCAGCCAUGAUCGCGACAUCGACACAGCAAUGCUUGGCUUACGUCGACGAGAAGAUCGACGCCGUCAACUACAAACUGCUAGGUCUGGACGCUGAGUUCGACCGCAUCAAUCGAUCGUUGGAGUCCAUCUUUCAAUCGCUCGGCCAGGUGAAGCACCGUCAACAGGAGAGUCAAUGCCAGCACGAAGCUGCAGUGGAUAAUUUGACGCGCCAAUGCCGAGACAUCCACGAGCAUAUCAACGCUGUUCAAGCGACGGUGCCGAACAUGGCGGAGUGGGAAAUUGCAUGGCGAGAUCGAGUGCUUUGCGGAUUGAGCCCACUUGAGCUCAUGGGGCUGUCAAACGACCUGACAGCACUUAGCCACCUCUCGGAUUGCCGUGAUUUGGCGCUUGACACCCGACAUGCAAUUCAAAAAAUCUUGAAUGCUAGACCUGGUGAAGCUGAGCCGCCCCUGGCGGCAAUGAUUGACUUGGAACGAGGCCUGGUCGCACUUGUGGCGCAUGUUCAGUCUACGGCAUUGAAUCCCGAGGAGGCGGCCGGCCUUGCAGAGCUCGCAUGUGCGAUGACAGAAUUGCCGGCAAAGUCCAAACGGGUGCAGUGGGGGAUAUGGUCGUCUAUGCAUAGCACAGGCCUCCAGGCCAGGCAGAUGGUCGCAGACUCGAUGGCGGCGUUGGAUUUGAAGCAUGAAGUCCUUCGAUGCCAAUUCGAGCACGUGCAAACGGAAUUGGAACGGCAUGCCCAGCUCGAGCAUCAAUUGGAAAUGCAGCUGGCGAUGUGUCCGCGACAAGACGACAUGCUGGCCCAACUCAACCACCUCCAAGCCAAGGUAUUUGUCCUCGUCGUCUAAGGAUAGGUCGCCUAGCUACAAUGGAUUUGCAGCUUCAAACGACUUGUCGAAUCACGCAGCGCUGGCAUCCAUCGACGAAAUGCGGGCGACAUUGCAACGCCUGCCCAACUCGGACGUCAUCCAAACGAUUGUGCGAACGCUGGACACGAAAGCCGACAAGGUCGACAUGCGAAAACUUGAGCAAAACCAACACAUGGACGACAGCUUCCAAUUUGGACUAACUAAAGUGCCGUUGAAGUGCCUCUCGUGCGACCAGUACCUGCCCAAGCAUCAUCCAACCAACAUGCCGAACAAUGCAACUGAGCCUACCGGCCAACUCUUUUCGAAGCCACCCCUCGUGUCGCCGCGCCAAAUUCUAAGGCCCCUCGACCCGACCAAGCGAAGCAUCCAGUCUCGCCCGAAAAGCCCCCACUUGCACGGGGCGCCCAAGCCACCGACUGUGCAUUUUGUUCAGGAUAUUGCUACAAAGCUAACGGGUGCUUUCGACCUAAGAGACCGCGAAAAACCGCUCACCAAACACCAAACCCAGCAUCAAUCCCAACCGCUUCUUGGUCCAACAAUUGCUCAUAACAGCACGAUGCCCCGCCCUGUGACGUUGGAGUUUCAGAUCCCGACCGUGCCUCCAAGUUCAUUCGAACCGCCUCAAUCGGACCUGAAGAAGUAUUCGUUUUACACGGCCUCCGAUCCAUAUAUUGCCCAAAAUCAAUCAAAUCUGCAGUGAAUCGAGAAGACUAGCUUUUGGCGAACGCUGGUUACACGCCGCCUUCGUAGUUCUGAAAUCAGACGCGUAUAAUGCGACGCAUGUUUGAUGUUGCUAUUAAGCUCCCAGGUCGCUUCAUGCUCGGGUAAUCC